UUUCGAACACCGGAUCAAAACAAAAACAACGCAGAACUGCAAGUUACAGCUGAGUAUUAAUGUUUAAUCGCAAGGAAAGUGAAUUGGAUUUGAAUUAAAGUGACAUUGUCUUGUAAAACAUUUUAAUUUUCAGUGAAUAGAUUCAAAAAAUAAGUGUAACACGGCAUCAGUGAAUUGAAGAACAAAGAUAGCGACCUGUGAAUUCGAUGAUUUACAAAAACAGUUCAACAUUGUGAACGGAUCAAACGCAAGUCCAUGUCUGCCGUACCGACAGACUCCCUCGACGAUGACGACCUGCUGGCAAAUCUGGAUCUGCCCUCGCCACCGAAAAAGCUAGCUCUGCCUCUGGAUUCAGCAGCAGAAGAAGGAAGCAGUACGACAGUGAAGCAGCAAUCCAAGGUCAACCGAGGAAAUUGCAUUCUGGUCAAUCCAAAACAGCGAGGCAAUCCGUUACUUAAAUCAAUUCAAAACGUUCCGUGGGAGUACGAUGAUAUCGUCCCGGAUUACGUUGUUGGGACGACGGGAUGCAUUCUGUAUAUUUCCUUGCGCUACCAUAACCUGAAUCCCGAUUACAUCCAUGGGCGGUUGAAGCAGCUGGGGAAAAUGUACGAACUGCGGGUGUUGCUGGUGCAGGUCGACAUUCAGGAACCGCACAACGCAUUAAAACACUUGACGCGAAUCUGUCUGCUAGCCGAUCUGACCCUGAUGCUGGCCUGGAAUGCCGAGGAAGCCGGUAAAAUUGUCGAGACGUACAAGAUGUUCGAAAACAAACCGCCCGAUUUGAUUAUGGAACGAGCGGAGCAGUAUCCGUAUCAGAAGCUGGUUAGUGCUUUAACCAAUAUCAAACCGGUCAACAAAACGGAUGCGAUGACGUUAAUUCAAAAUUACGGUACGCUGGCCAACAUGAUCACCAGUAGUGAGGAAAAACUGUCUCUCUGUGCCGGUUUAGGACCACGAAAGGCGAAAAAAUUACACAAAACGUUCAAUGAAAACUUUUUGAAGUCGUAGAAGUAUGUUUAGU